AUGAAGUUCUUCCAGGUCCUCGUCAUCGCCGCCAUGGCCAUCGCCGCUGUCAACGGCCAGUCUGCUGCCAACACCACGCCGGUCACCACCCCUGCUACCGGUUCGACGGCGACGGGUUCGGCUGCUGCGACCACCGCCGCCUCCUCUACUGGAGCCACGACCGCCCCUGCUACCGGCGCCACUACGGCCGCUUCUGGCGCUGUGGACCCCGCGGUUGGAGCCAGCAGCGCUGCCGUUGACACCACCGUGGGUUCCUCCAGCUCGACGGUGGACGCCGGCGCCACGACGUCCACUGCCGGUUCGUCGACGCCCACGACGGACUCGUCGUCUGAGACGCCCUCGAGCAGCUCCGACAGCUCGACGGAGGCCUCGGCCAGCGCUUCCGGCUCGAGCGGCGCCGCACAGAUCACAAUGGGCGCUGCCUGCGCUACCGUCAUGGCUGUCGGUGCCUACUUUCUGUAAACCGAUUGUUGUGAUUAGCUCUUGAGAGCAGGAGCCGAGAGUUGAUCUUUUUGACUCGGUUCGCUGUGAUAUAGCUGUAUAAGUGCAAACACGACACGCGCUAGUUACUGUGUUUUCGA